AUGUCUAGAAAGCAAGAAACAAAGAAGCUUACAAUCAAGGGUGAAACUGGCGGUGUGAUUGUUUUAUUGGUCUGGCAAAGGCAAACUCAUCUGAUCACACUCCUCGAUGCGGAAAGGCAGGCACAUGGGUCCCUAGACCUACACUUCACAGAUCCAGAACCCAAGGGAACUCUCACUCUCACGGCCGAAGGGUCCCAAAUCACGCGCCAGUUGACCUUCGUACCAACCGCAUCCGCUAUGACAUCUUUGGAGGUCGACGUCCCCGUGACUGUGAUUUACCAUGAUGCAGCGACCCUCAAACAAGCCAAACAGACGUUCACUGGGGAAGUCCUCAAGGAUGGUCCACCGAUGAUUUACGUGACUUUUUCAUCUGGAGUGGAGGUCAACGGAAAAUUUUUAACAGAGCAGAUUGAGCAAGCGGAAAGGAAAAUCUGA